GAGCAGAGUGGAGGAGAGACAGGAGGCGGAGAUCAAAGAAAACCGUGACCAACGGAACUGACGUCACUGGCAUAAUGUAAACUGUUGAGAUGAUCCAUGGUAACAGACUCAGUGCAGCAACCGCUCGCACAGACACACUCACGGGAUCCGACAGAAAUGCCUCGAACCUGGAUCGCACCUGCACCGGCUCUUGCAUCCUACAGACGAGCGGCGAUCGGACUCGUUUCAGACGCGCCGUCUGCCUAUUAAACGCGACGCACCUGUCAGGAAUCCAAAACAUUUGAUGUAUUCCUCCAGUUAAAUGUACUGCCAAUUCACAAGAAGCAAGGAAACCGACGAAAUGUGUGGUUAAUCUGUCUCUCAUCUCAACGCUUUCGUUUAUUUCUAACAGACUACAAUAGGAGCAGAUGAUUUUAAUCCGGAUGAAAUAAUGACUCUUGUGGAUUAACGCCUUCAUUGUCACUCUAUUUUUUUGCUUUAUCUGGAUCGAAGGAUCAUCUGCCUUUGCCAUUUGCCAUUACAGUCUUUAUAUUACAGCCAUAGUAAUAUAAUAUCGUGAAGAUGGCGACUGGAGCGGGCUGGCAGCAUUACUACAACCCCGCUGGCAGCGCUUCGACGGGGAAAUACAACAGCACCUCCACUUCAACAUCCACCAGCACGUCCUUCCCGUCCGGUUUAACCCUCGAAUACACGCAGGACCUCCACCUGAAGAUGAGCAAGAAGAUAGCACAGCUGACCAAGUGGGACUAUGCAGGUGGACAGAUGGCACUAUACAGCCUGUUGGCGCCAGGCAAGAAGAAUCCCCAGUAGCGCUUCUUAGAGCACCAUGCUGGAAUAAACCCUGGCUAAAGGUCCUCUAAGAUGUCACACUGUUCAUUAUGGACUCCAAUUUGGCCACCAUCCUGUUCCCUGCUUUAUCUCCAGUGAGUUCAAAGUGAGUGCGGUACCAAAGGUGGCCUUCCUGAUUGGUUUGUUCGGGCCUUUGGAAUAAUCUGAACUGCUAUUGUUCCCUUAGCAGAUGACAGCGUUGAAAAAGAAGCCAUUACACUUGCACAUCACUAACAGCUUGCUGCACACAAUAACAGAUCUGAGCCACGUCAGACAGUUCAGUCUGCUCUGGCCUUUUUUUCACAGCACGACUGUGUUGUGAACAGUUCCCUUGGGUACCUCAGGGCUACUCAACACCUUCUCCGACACUACAGUGUUCACCAACUGCUAUGUAGGCCUACUUGUUGGGGUAGAACCAAAAUCUGGAAGAAUUUGCAGGUGUCCACUUGCAUUGGGCUGAGCUUCCUCCCAGAGUCAGAUUGGCAGGAUGGUUUUGUAGUCACUGGAGAAUUUAUGCAACAUCUGAUCCAAUCUUAUCCAGAUGUUACCAGUCUCUAUGGAACAUAUAGAACAUCCUAUCAGGAAGUCAGAGGAAUGAAGCUGAAUCUCCACAGAGAGGCUGAGAUUCUUGGGAUUGAUUAAUUUCUAAUCAAAAACCCUAUAGUCUAGGGAAACAGAUUUAUGCAUAAUUCAGACAUAAAAAAAAAGGUGUGAAUUUGA